UAGUAGAACGUGAGAACAUAUCAUGUUCAUUCAAACAUUACAUAUCAUAGUACCUCAUUACAUAUUACCCCAAAGUCCGCCAAGCACAACCCCCCAACACCCCCCCGUCUCUCCUUCACAUUCCCAGCUACAGUUGACAUGGAGUGUCGCAGUGUCUGCGAGACUGGUCCCCCAUUCUUAGGGCGAGGUCGUGUGCAGCACAACUUCCAUGCUCUUCGAUUACACCCACAUUGUGUCCCCAAUUCAGCUAUCCACACCCCUCGCGGUAUUCGGACACAGAUUUACCCCAAAACACAACGACACUUGACAUCAGCCUUUUCAUUUUUUGACGCCCCUUAAAAGAAACUUUCCUCUUUCUUCGCAAU